AUGCAGACAAUCAAAUGCGUUGUCGUCGGUGACGGUGCCGUGGGAAAGACCUGUUUGUUGAUUUCCUAUACAACCUCAAAGUUUCCCGCUGAUUAUGUUCCCACAGUCUUCGACAAUUACGCCGUCACGGUAAUGAUUGGCGAUGAGCCUUUUACUCUAGGCCUUUUUGACACUGCAGGCCAGGAAGACUACGACAGAUUGAGACCCUUGUCUUACCCUUCUACGGAUGUGUUUUUGGUAUGCUUCUCUGUCAUCGCACCAGCAUCUUUCGAAAAUGUGAAGGAGAAAUGGUUUCCAGAAGUGCACCACCAUUGUCCGGGCGUGCCAUGUCUUGUGGUCGGAACUCAGAUUGACUUGAGGAAUGACGAGGUUAUUUUGCAGAGAUUGCACAGACAGAAAUUGUCCCCAAUUUCCAGCGAUCAAGGUGAGAAGUUGGCCAAAGAGUUGCGUGCAGUAAAGUAUGUCGAGUGUUCUGCUUUAACUCAAAGAGGAUUGAAGACAGUUUUCGAUGAAGCCAUUGUGGCUGCCUUGGAACCUCCUGUGAUCAAGAAGUCGAAGAAAUGCACCAUCUUGUAA